AUGUCUGAAGGUGGAUAUAAGAACGUUCUAUUAGUUGGCGCUUCUGGUAAUGUUGGUAAACAUGUUCUAUCUGAUUUACUUGCUGAUUCCAGUUUUAAAAUUAGUGUUCUUUCACGUACGGAUUCAUCAGUAGAUUUUCCAUCGAAUGUCAAUAUUAUUCAAGUUAGCUAUUCAGAUAAAUCAACUCUUGUUAAAGCAUUAACCGGUCAAGAUAUUGUUAUUUCUACUGUUGGUGGUGAAGCUUUAUUGCAAAAUCUUGAUAAAAUUUUGAUUGAAGCUGCUCUUGAAGCAGGUGUUAAAUGGUUCAUUCCAUCUGAAUAUGGUUUCGACCUAGAUCAUUCGUCUGCCUCUUCAAUUCCUUUUAAUAUUCCUCGACUGGAAAAUAUCAAACUUCUCAAACAAAAUCAAUCACGUCUUGCACAUACAUUGAUUUCUACUGGUGCUUUUCUUGAUUGGGGUCUUGACAAUGGCUUUUUAUGUUUUGAUAUACCUAAUCAUACGGCCACACUUUAUGAUGAAGGAAAACAUUUAGUAUCAGGUACACUGCUUAAAAAUCUUGGUAAAGCUAUUAUUGCUAUACUUCAUCAUCCUGAACUAUGUUUAAAUAAACGAAUUUACAUUGCUGAUGUCACGUUUACACAACAGGAUGUGUUAGCUCUUUUGCAGAAAUAUACAAAUAUAAAAUGGACAGUGAAACAUGUGACUACGGAAGACACAUUGAAAAAAGGACAAGAAGAAUGGACAAAAGGUAACUUUUUGGAUGCUUAUGUUGCAUUUAUUCUAGGAUUGGCAUAUAGUGGUAAAGGUGCAUGUGAUUUUGAAGACAAAAUAAACAAUAAAGACCUAGGAUUGGAAAGAAUCUCAUUGGAACAAAUCGUUCAUGAUGCUGUUCAACGAAAUCAAACUGUUGCUCACUAA